AUGACGAUUCCUACACAGGAUGAUAUUUUAAAGGUUGAUUUUGAUGAUGUAUAUAUGAAGUCUAAUGAAAAUUAUAAUUGGAUCAUAAGAAGAAAUUGGAAUGAGCCUAAGCAUCAUCAUUUUACUGAAUUGUGUAGUUAUGCAAAAUAUGAUAUAUGUAGAUUAUCACAUGGCUCUCACUUUACUGUAGAUUGUAGAAGACUUUCUAUCCUUUUAGAUAAUAUGAAAUUAUUAUUAAAUAGGAACCACCAUAAUAAAAUAUAUUUUUGUAUAUACUUCGGUUAUAAGAUGCAUGAAUUAUUAAAAAAAUAUAAUUGUACGAUAAAAUCCCCCACAGUUGCCUACGACUACAUGAUGAAAGCGUACAAAUAUCGCUUUAAUACAAUAAUACCUAAAAUAUGUAAGGACUACUUUGUAGAUCUUAGCCAUGAAACAUAUGAAAAUUUCAAAAAACUUGAUGAAUUAUAUAACAGAUUUUAUCUUUUUAAAAACAGCAAUCAUAGCUGUAGUCAUGCUGAAUAUUGCUCUACAGAAUAUAAGAAACUCUUACGAACAAUUUCAAGUGAGCAGAAUAUGGAUUUUCACGACUUAUUAUAUGAAUUUAUAUAUCAUUAUGAAAAAUAUAUGCAAAAAUUGAACGUUUGCAAAAGUACCCCCCAAACCUUACCACCAUUACCAGAACAAGAUAGGAGCAGAGUCAUAAGUACAGAACCAAUGACAGUGAAUGUAAUAAGAGAUAAAAUAAGUAAAAUCGAAGUGUCAGGAAUAAAUGAAAUGGAAGGAACAGGUGAAAACAUGCUAAAAAUGAUAAGUGAAAGGAAAAAAACUUUAGACAAAGCGAGACUCAGCCCACAUACAGGCACAGAAACAACACUAAGUUCUGGAAUGAUUGUUUUAUUUUUUUCAGUGUUAAUAAUUCUAUUUAUUCUGUAUAAGUACACCACUUUUGGUUCAUAUUUUAAUCCAAGGAUGAGAAAAAUAAAAAGAAAGAUUAAAAAAAGAAAUAAAGAAAAUAUCAAUAACAUGGAUUCAUAUAAAUUGGCAUACAAUAAUCCAAAUGAUAAUUGCUACCACAUUGAGUAUAGUUAUAUGGAUGAUUCAUUAUAA